UGUUAGAACUAACUUAUGCCAGCCCUGUUUGGGCGCUAAUACACAAAGAAAUUGCAGACAAGUGUUUUACUGUUCAGUUAAUGUUAAACAUAAAUUUUUGUGCAAAAGUAUUAAGAAAACCAAGUAUGCUGACUUAAAUAGAGAAUAUUAAACAUAGACACAUAUAAACAAAACAUUCCACGCGUGCUAACCGCAAAAUAUCAACAACCAUCGCAAGGGGCCAACCAAGAAUUAAGAAGAGAUCAAAGCCGAAAUCAAUAAAUAAGUGCGAUUUCAUAGAACAAGCAAACGGCGCAAAGGUGCCCCAUAAUAUACAACGCAAACCAUUUAAGCGAGGCAACGGCAACGGCAACAGCUGUCGAUAUUCCCAACUGAAAUUUUAAGGUCUCACACGAGGGAAGGAGCUCAUAAUAAUGUUGUCGCGCCUGCAAGACUUUCUGUCACGCCAUCGACGUAAAUUUAUUGUAACUGGCGUCCUGGUGGGUGGCACCAUCUAUGCAGCGCGCUAUGCGCAGCGGAAGCUAGUGGAAUACCAGGAGAAACAGGCGAGGGAGUUCUUUGAGCGUACACGGCGAAUGCAUCAUUUUGAGUCGACGGAACGCACCUGCAACCAGGUGAUUCUUGGCAUGGGCGAGGAGAUGUGCCAGGCGGUGUUGCACGAGUGCAGUACAGAUGAACUACUAGAGCAGCUGCGUCAGAAUCCAGCUAAUAAACUGGAGUUGUGGGAGCAAAUGAAAAUUGUCUCAUUCACACGCCUAGCCACAUUUGUCUAUGCCUCCUCGAUGCUGGUAAUUGCAUUGCGCGUGCAGCUCAACCUGCUCGGUGGCUACAUCUAUCGGGACAUCAUGACGGAGCAGCGGCAAAUAACGGACGAAUUGAAGCAGCAAUAUUUAUCGCUCAUCCGCCACUUUAUCACGCACGAUGGCAUACGGGAUUUGGCUCGAUUUAUACGCAGCCAAGUGGUGGAGGUGUUAAAAUCGAUGCCGCUUACGCGUCAGUUGACGCUGGCCGAUACGGAGCAGCUAUUCUGGUCGCUGCAAAUGGCCAUCAAUGGGGACACACGGCACGAUCCCAACUCGAAAAUGAGUAAGUACCUGCUGCCAGAUCUCACCCGACUGCAGGAGAGAUUCAAUUGCUCUCCGCUGCUGCAGCAAAUGUAUAACGAAACGCUGGAUUUGCUCGAGAGCGAGGAUUGCAUAGGUGUUUGUGCGCACAAUGUGAGUCGCGGAUUUGUGCUCAGCUGUGACGCCAUUGCCGAGUCCAUGGGGGAAACUCUGCAGCAUUUGGCACCCGGCGAGCUGCAGCAGCAACAGUCCCUGAAUGGACAGACCAAACAGAGCAACAACAACAAUCUGUUUGAUGUGAAUACGGUGCUGAUGGCUUUGGCUAAACUGAUACCCAUCAUCAGUGGACUCACUUCGCAUGGCUACGAUAGUGCUGCCCGGCCACAUAAUCUGCCGACGCAGCUGCUCAGCUUCUAUGUAGUGUCUGAGAAAUCGAAAAUGUUAGGCGCCAAUGUUUACGAGUCCUUCAGCUCUGGCUAAACGACAGUCAAACAUAAUAUAUAUAUAUAAGUAUAUAUAUACUUUAUGUAAGCUUAAGACAAUUGCAAACUAAGAUUAUAUAUACAUAUAUAUAAGGAAAACUAAUUUCAUCAAAAACAUUGUGUGUUAUGUGUGUGUUUGUAUAUCUAUUUGUACUAUGCCUAAGUCUUAUAGCUAAGAUCAGAGUAUAUAAACAUUGAAUCAGAGGGUUAAGUCAUAAGUGAUUUGAAUUGAUAGUAAUAUACAAAACAAGCAACGUGAAGGCCUUUCAAAAUAUAAAUAUGUG